AUGGCUACCACAAAUUCUCACCGGUCCCCCCUAUCUGAUCUCGUGCAGGAGCUUGAUCCCAACGCACCACCCCCCGCUCCCCUCGAUCUAUUGUCAACAGUCUCAUCCCUUUUUUCUCAACGACAAGAAAAGCUUCGGAAGGAGAAACUUGCUCGCCAGGACGCACUGACAGAAGCCCAAUAUGUUGCUGCUCGAGAAGCGGCGUACAAGAGACGGGCGGCAGAGGAAGAGGCAGAGGCAGAAUUCCUAGACAGGCUAGGAAGAGCCAUUGUCAUCUCUCCUCGAAUCAGGGAUACCGAACCUUCCAAAGAGGAGAUCGAGGCUCUCAUUGAUGAGGAAGUUGCCAAGGAAGAGAGAGGGCUCGGACUCCAUCGCGCUAUUCACGAGACAAAGGAGGCGUACGAAAAGCGUAUGGUUGCGCUUGAGUAUCGUGUUGACAGUCUCGACAUUAUUGAGAAAGAACGCAAGCAAAAAGAGCCCGUACACUACGUGGACGGGUUUCCCGCUAACGUUAUCAUCAUCGAUCGCCACGUUCGCCCUAUCUCGGUGGCUUCUACAGACGGCUUUUCUUGCCUUCAGUGCAUAGUCCUAGGUAGACGGUGUGGGCGUACGAGUGACGAUGAACACAUCUGCGAGCCUUGCGCACGGAAUGCGAGACGAUGUCUGGUCAAGCGUCACUUGAUGCUGAAAAGCAACAUGCUAAGAUCGUGGAAGUUUGCCGAAGGCCAAUUCUUUGGAUACGACGAACUAGAAGACGAGGCACGUAAAUGGAUGUUGAGGAUGAAGGAAAAGUUAAGGCAAAAUAAGAGGCCUGAGGGCAUUCAGCCUAUGCCGGCAUGGCCAGAAAGAAAGGACCUGGGUGGUGAGCCGGAUCAGCAGAACAUGCCCAGAAGGUGGCAAGAUUUCUUGAAAUCUAUUUCGCCUGAGGGUGAGUGA